AAACCGGGCCUGCUUAUUAUUAUCAGCCCCUAUCCCUCCCUCUCAUAACUUGCAGAGUUCCCCAACAGAAACAGAAUAGAAAUCUUGGACCUGGUCAAGAUCCGGGCAGAUUCAAGGGGAAAAAAACUAUAGUAAAUGGCGACUGCUACUUAUCCACCUCCACCCCCAUAUUAUCGUCUCUACAAGGAUUAUGAACAAGAUCCUAGCUCUGCUCCAGAACCUCCUCCUCCUAUUGAAGGGACUUACCUCCUAUAUGGCUCUAAUUACACUACUGAUGAUGUAUUGCCAAGUUUAGAAGAUCAGGGCGUUCGUCAGUUGUACCCAAAAGGACCAAAUCUUGAUUUUAAGAAAGAGUUGAGGUCACUUAAUCGGGAACUCCAGCUGCAUAUUUUGGAGCUAGCUGAUAUUUUGAUCGAACGGCCUUCACAAUAUGCAAGAAGAGUGGAAGAAAUUUCUCUAAUAUUCAAGAAUUUGCAUCACCUUCUCAAUUCUUUACGUCCACACCAGGCCAGGGCAACACUCAUUCACAUACUCGAACUUCAGAUACAAAGACGAAAACAAGCUGUAGAGGACAUUAAGAGGAGGAGAGAAGAAGCACAAAGACUUCUCAAGGAGGCGGUUGGGACAUUGGAGGGACAAUAGACCAAUGAAUGUCAAGACAUGAACCAAAAUAAGGUAUCAACGACUAGAGUGAUUGCAAGUGAGAUAUCAAUGGUUGGGUAACCUAUUUCAUGACAGUUGUAACGAGAAGUUUUAUUAGGUCAAAUAGUACCCAACUUGACCCUUGUUGUAACCUUAUUCGAGUGAUUUUCACUUGCAUAGUUGCAUAUCAUAAGGGUUUCUCAUCAACGUUGAAUUGCAUCCAGGUAUCUGUUUAUCUUUACUAGAAUCACAUCAACAUUUUUUCU